AUGUACAGCAUCAUGAUGGAGAGCGAUUUGCACUCCAACCGUGUGCAGCAUGGCAACCCGUCCAACCCCGGGGGGCAUGGCGGCGGCGGAACCAAAGUCCCCCAGGAGCGAAUCAAGAGACCCAUGAACGCUUUCAUGGUGUGGUCUCGUGGCCAGCGACGCAAGAUGGCCCAGGAGAACCCCAAGAUGCACAACUCGGAGAUCAGCAAGCGGCUGGGGGCCGAGUGAAGGUGAUAGACCGAGGCCGAGAAGCGGCCCUUCAUCGACGAGGCCAAGCGGCUGCGGGCCAUGCACAUGAAGGAGCACCCGGACUACAAGUACCGACCGCGGAGGAAGACCAAGACGUUGCUCACAAAAGGACAAAUACUCGCUCGCCGUGGGCUCCUCGGCAAUCCGGCGGGCGGACAGCGCCUGGAGAGCCCCGGGCGGGGGGCCCCCUGGGCUCCAGUGCGGGCAUGUAUCACGGCGCACGUCAACGGUUGGCCGAACGGCACUUACUCUGGACAGGUGGCCGCCGCGCUGCGGCUGCUCACUGCCAUGAUGCAGGAGGCGCAGCUGGCUUACACGCAACACUCGGGCGUGGGCGCUCACCCGCACCACCACAACGCACCAGCACCAGCCUCGCAUCCGCACCAGCACCCCAACAACCCGCAAGCCGUGCACAGGUACGACAUGAGCGCCUUAUCUUACAGCCCCAUCUCGAACUCGCAGAGUUACAUGAGCGCCUCCCCCGCCGGUCUACGGGGCAUCACGGGCUUCACGCACACACGCUCGGGGGAAGCACUCGGGGGAGCGCUCGGGGGAGCACUCGGGGGAGCGCUCGGGGGAACUCUUGGCCCCCUGGUGAAGUCGGAGCCGAGCGCGAGUCCCCCGGUCUCCACGGCGCGUCAGCCGUGCCCCUCGGGGGAUCUGCGGGACAUGAUCAGCAUGUACUUGCCCACCGGGGAGGCGGCGAGUGACUCGUCCGUGCAGGGGCGCCUGCACGUGCUCCACACGCAGCACUACACGGGGAGCAGCGCCCACGUGAACGGGACGGUACCCCUGACGCACAUUUAA